GUUGAACACGACAGUGCUUCAUUUUUAUUCUGUGAACGACAUAACCUUAUUUGGCUAUUUAUGUUUAUUGAGUAAAUCGAAACGGCGGUUGUAUCGAAAUGGCUUCAAAUACAAACAAAGGCACUUUUCAACCAGAUUCGGAUGUUCAUAUAACCUAUGAAGACCAACAAAAAAUAAACAUAUUUGCCCGACUUAAUGCCAAGCUUGAGGAUUUAAAGGAUGAAGUGAAAGCUAAAGAGAAUGACCUGAAAAGUUUAGAAGACGCUUCCGAUGAAAUAGAGCUACUUGAUGAAGAUGAACCAGUUCCAUACCUUAUAGGAGAAGUGUUUGUCUUCCAAGAUUUAGGCACUACACAAAAAUGUUUAGAAGAAGCAAAGGAAAAGCUAACCGAGGAAAUGAAUGAGUUAAAAAUUAAAGCUGACGAUGUAAAGGAAAAAAUGUCUGAAUUGAAAGGUCACUUGUAUGGAAAGUUUGGUAGUCACAUAAAUUUGGAGGCAGAUGAGUAACCAAUAAAUAAUAAAAGUAAUAAUUUUCAAAAAACUUGCUGUUCUUGUGAAAUGUUAAUAAAUUAAUUUAUAGAAAUAAAUGUUCCUUAUUUCUAAGAUUAGAAA